AUCUGAUACGUUUAGAAUACAUUAACAUUGUUCCGCUUUGCUCCAACACACUAGUAGAAGAUUUAUGAUAAAAAGGGCUGGCGGCUUGCUUUGUCUCACUUUAUGUGUGCUUCCCAGAAGGUUCAGUACCACUACCAUCAAGAUCAUAGCUCUAUAUAGUGCCUCAUGAUCUUCCACUUCUUAUCAGAUACUCUUUGCUUCACUACACUGAUAUCUGAUAUCUCCUAGGACUCCUCUAGUUUUUGUUUUUUUAACUUAUAUCGUUAACUUCCAAGAUAUUCUUCUGUUUUUUUUAUUUUUCCCUGAAAGUUCAUCUUAAUAUAUCUUGCAAUUCUGCUACUGCGACAGACUUGAAUAGGUGAAUCUUCAAUCUUUUCUCUUAUCUUUCAAGCUUCUUUAUACUGUGAUAUUUCACUUAGAUUUCUUUAAAGUCAAAUUCUUUUAUGGAUACCCUUCUUGAAGAACUCCAAGGUCCUGAAUUCAUGAAUGUGAAUUCAUUCAACCAUGGCUCAGUUACACUACGCUCAAAACAAGAUCUUGCAAACGGAUUUAAAGUCAACCAUGAAUUUUUCCAAGAGCCUUUCCUUCCAACUAAUCCACUUCAGGAUCCUGGUGAUGAUUCAAGUCCAUCUUCAACUGGCACCAGCCUGGAGGGAGAUCCAGCAGAUACUGAAAUUUCCAAUGCCACUCUCAGGUACAUAAACGAGAUGCUUAUGGAAGAAAACUUGGAGGCUAAACCCUGCAUGUUGCAGGAUUGUCUGGCCCUCCAGUCUGCUGAAAAGUCAUUCUAUGAAGUCCUUGGUCAGAAAUAUCCUUCCUCCACUGAUCAAUUAUAUCCUUGUUUUGAUCAAAACAUUGGGAGCCCAGAUGGUUAUUUCGAAGGGAGCAGCAGUGUUGAUAGCAGUAACAGCUAUACUAUUACUAGUGUUGACAAUCUGGUUGAAUCCAAUUGGAUUUAUGAUCAGGGUGAAUUCAAAUCCUUUUCUGUGCAAUCUUCUGCUAUUGACUCUUCAGGAUACGCCUCUCUGCUACUGGAUUCAUUCAGUGAAAGACAGCCAGUUGAGUCCCAUCCACAUGGAAAUCAUGAAAUCAUUGAUUUGGAGAGCAGCCCAUCAGUGUCUCCCAAGCAAACCACAGAUGCUGCGGAAAACGCAGACAUGAAUAGGAGGCACACCUCACCAAAUGGGUCAAGUAGAAGGAAAAAUCAUCAGCGUGAGGAUUCUGACGAUCUAGAAGAAGGAAGGAGCAACAAACAAUCAGUGAAUUAUGCAGGAGAUUCUGAGUCACUAGAGAUGUAUGAUGAAGUAUUGCUUUGUCCCGGUGGAAUCAACGAUUCGAAAUCAUGUGCUCUUCGUGACUCUUCAGGAAACGGAGCAAGCAAAAAGUUGCAGCAGAACGGGGAUUCAGGAGGAUCUAAUGGAAAAACAACACGUUCGAAAAAGCAAGGUAACAAAGGUGGAGAAAUAGUAGACUUUUGGAGUCUGCUAACUCAAUGUGCACAAGCUGUGUCAAGCAGUGACCAAAGAACCGCAAAUGAAUUACUCAAGCAAAUAAGGCAGCACUCUUCUCAGUUCGGAGAUGGAAACCAGAGAUUAGCCCAUUACUUUGCUGAUGCCCUUGAAGCACGCUUGGCUGGCACCAGGGUGUCAAUGCAUCCCGUUGUGAGUAAUGGGACAUCUACUGCUGAUAUCUUGAAAGCUUAUAAGGUAUACAUAUCCGCAUGCCCUUUCAAAAGGAUGUCAAAUUUCUUUGCUAAUAGAACAACUAUGAAACUAGCACAGAAAGCACCAAGGCUUCAUAUUAUUGAUUUUGGCAUUCUCUAUGGUUUUCAAUGGCCUUGCCUCAUCCAACGUCUCUCUGAAAGGCAUGGCGGAGCUCCUAAGCUUCGGAUAACGGGAAUUGAGCUUCCCCAAUCAGGCUUUCGGCCUACAGAAAGGGUCGAGGAGACAGGGCGUCGCUUGGAAAAUUACUGCAAGAGAUUCAAUGUCCCAUUUGAGUACAAUGUGAUAGCACAGAAAUGGGAAACUAUUAAAUUGGAGGAUCUCAAAAUUGAUAGGGAUGAACUAACAGUUGUUAACUGUUUAUUCCGGUUAAAGAACAUUCCUGAUGAAACAGUGGCAAUGAAUAAUCCGAGGGACACUGUCCUAAAGCUGAUCAAGAAAAUCAAUCCAGAUUUAUUCAUGCAUGGGGUCGUUAAUGGAACAUACAAUGCACCCUUCUUUGUCACGCGAUUCAGGGAGGCACUCUACCACUUCUCUUCUUUGUUUGACAUGUUUGAUGCCAACUUGCCUCUUGAAGAUCCUGGGAGGUUGCGGUAUGAGAAAGAGAUAGUUGGAAGGGAAGCCAUGAAUGUCGUAGCGUGUGAAGGUUUGGAAAGGAUUGAAAGGCCAGAGACCUACAAGCAGUGGCAGGGCCGGAACUUGAGGGCUGGGUUCAGGCAGGUCCCAUUAGACCAGGAACUCGUGCAGAAAGUGAAGAAAACAGUGAAGUCAGAAUAUCAUAAGGAUUUUGUUGUGGACGUGGAUGGUCAGUGGUUGCUACAAGGAUGGAAGGGGCGUAUUAUCUAUGCUUUUUCUUGUUGGAAACCAGCAUAGGAGUUCCCAUCAAAAAAAAAAAAAAAAAAAAAACUGCUUAGAAGUUUUGUACAGUAUUGCAAAUCCUAUGUUUGUUUUUGGUUGUCUUUUGGCACCGUCACUAAUAGCUUUUACUAGUACUGAUGCUUGGUUUGUUGCUAUCCCCGACAAUAUAACAACGAAUUAUUGUAUUGCAAUCAAUAUUUCCUUUUUGUUGA